AGCGGCAGUCCCAAAUCUUUUCUUGUGAGCUCUUCUUAUUCUCCGCUUUGACACAAAUCACUUCCAAAGAAUUUUUGUCUCUUUUUUCUCAUCAUCUACCAAUUUCUCUAUUAUGGGUUCGGCUGGUUCCAUUUAGUAAUGAGAUUCCCAUCGUAAUCUCUUGUUCUUAUGUUGAUUCGUCUCUAGUGUCCGGACACUUAAUGGAUAGAAUUAGUCACUUACCUGACGAAGUCCUGUCGAGGAUAUUGUCCUUUCUUCCGACAAAAGAUGUUAUGCGAACUAUGCUUUUGUCUAAACGAUAUAAGUCUCUCUGGAUCACGGUACCAAGACUUGAGUUUGAUGAGCUCACUCACUUUCCCGAACGUGUAUCUCUGCGAUGUCCAGAUCCUGAUUAUGGGAUAUUUCGACGGUUCGUGGACAGAUCGUUGAUGUCACGGGAAGGUCUUGUUCUACAAAGUCUGAAUCUCAAGUUAGGUCGACAUAGCACAUAUGAUGAUAUUGAGAUUUGGGUUCGAACCGCGGUGAAACGUGGUCUAAUGGAGCUGAAACUCGAAUACGUUUAUUACAGGCGAGGUUUUGUCCCAAAGAGUCUAUAUACAUGUGAAACACUUGUGGUCUUGAAUCUGGAGAUGGGAUGUUUGGAUGUUCCUGAUCUCAUUUCUCUAAGGUCUUUGAAAACUCUAACCCUCAAAUCUAUGUCAUACUCUGACGAGAAUGCUCUACUAAGACUUUUACCCAAUUGUCCUGUUCUUGAAGACUUAGUCAUACAAGAAAUUAGUCACAGUGAGACUUGCGAGCUGGUUUUCAAGAUUGUAGUGCCUUCCUUGAAGAAGUUAUCUUUGAUUGACGCUAAAAUCACGCAACUUUUGAUAGACGCUCCUUCUUUGAAAUACUUUCACAUUGUAGAUCGUUCUCGUUGCCUUUCGUUUAGCGAGAGUAUAAACAUCCAUGAAGUUGUAGAAGCGAAGGUCGAAGUUAUUCUGAGCCGACCCGAGAAGCUUCUUCAUUCUCUUGCUUCGGUUGAGCACAUUCGUUUGUGUUUAUCAGCUUCAGAGGUUGUUUAUCCUCUUGGGAGUUGCUUCCAUAGACUCAAACAUUUGGAGGUAUGUACUUGCAAAUCAGAGUGGCUCGAUCUAUUUAUGCAUCUGCUCCAAAAUUCGCCUAGCUUAAAGGUGAUCAAAAUCAACCAGUGUCAUCCUGUUACGAAUCCCCGGCCUCAGUGGAAGCAACCUGGCUCUGUCCCAAGAUGUUUUUCCUCAAAUCUUGAAAUUUUUGAGUGGAUAGAGUAUGAAGGAAGGCAAGAAGAGAAAGAACUUUCAACAUAUAUCUUGAAAACCGCAGUUUGUUUAAAGAAGGCGAGUUUCACCGCUAAGUCGACUGAUUCCAACAAGAAACUGCAGAUGCUUCAGGAGUUAGCCUUGUCGCCAAGGGUUUCAUCUACUUGUGAGCUGGUAUUUAACUGAAAAUGCUGUAUCUCUCAGACCAAACCUUUUUAGAUCUUUAGUUUUUGAUUUUCAUUUCCUCUUUUGGUGUUUGAUGUUAAAGUUUUUUAGUGAUAAAAAAUGUUAGAAACUUUAUAUUGGGAA